AAGUUGGUUGCUACCGAGGGCCAGAUGGGCAUAUAUCUUGCGUUGAGUUACUGUUGGGGAACGACCCAACAAUCAUCUCAAGACGACGAGAUCGAACAUCUGCGAUUUUGAGGAUGCCAUACCUUUCCCUCUCUUGCCAGCAACUAUCAAUGAUGCUGUAAUCACGACUCGUCAGCUAGGUGUUCGCUUUCUUUGGGUUGAUACCCUCUGUAUCAUCCAGGAUGACGACCUGGAUUGGAAUAAUGAAUCCGCCAACAUGGGCAGGAUAUUUCAGCUCGCGCUCUGCACCCUGGCAGCAACUUCAGCGCGGCAUAGCGGCGAAGGCCUUUUCCUAUCCAGACAGGUCGAUAAUGGACAUGAGCUUCGCGACCUCGGAGAAGAACUUGCACGCUACGAGUGGAGUAAAAGAGGAUGGGUAGUACAAGAACGCAUUCUUUCUCGUCGAAUUAUCCCUUAUGCUUCUCAGCAGCUCUUUUUCGAGUGUCAAGAAGGCGUCUUUGCCCAAUCUGACAACGGUCCAACGCCUUUUACCCAUAAUCUGUAGUCGAAACCACGAAUCUUCCAUCGGCUCAUGCUCGAAGCAACGGCAAUAGCAAGGAUGACGAACGGCUACCAUAUGUUGCAGACUCUCAGAGUUGUUGCGGCGCUGAUCAAGAAUCACUCUCUGUUUGGAAGAAGUCCUGAUCCUGACAGAGUUCACAGCGCACAGCACCGCUUCUGGUCUAGAGUUGUUCGAACGUACAACCAGUGCGAUUUAACUCAAGCUAG